GAUGUGGGUUGUGUCUGUAAACUGUCUCCUGCUCUGUGUCUCUGUAGACAUGGCUUACAGUGCCGUAUCGAAUCAGAGCGGUACAGAGCAGGGUGACACUCUUCUGUUCUGUAAACAUAAUGGGAAAGUGAUUUGGAGUAAAAGUGUCGAUGGAGGGAGAGGGGACAUCCUCACUGCUAAAAAUGGAGAAAUCACCAUUAAACACAAACCUGAUCCAGAUAACAGAUACAGUGUGUUAAGUGAUUUAUCACUCCUGAUACAGAAUCUGUUUCAGUCAGACUCUGGGAUUUACUACUGUAACACUGUUCCUGUGGUCAAUCUGACUGUCAGUCCAUUAAAAGUUACAUCCCUACAGAGAGCAUCAGUGAGGGGAACACACCCACACAGACGACUCAGACAAGAACAACCAGCACCGGAGAGAUUCACGGUGAAAAUGGAGCUUUUCAAAACAACAUUCACAACACCAGUGUCGAAGAUCAUCAAGGAUCUUCAGAUAUCAGUACUCCAGAUUUCAUUGCCGACACCCGAGCGAUGUAAACGACUUGCUAAACAGUGGUUCCACAACUUGGGAACAGAGAGCAUCAGUGAGGGGAACACACCCACACAGACGACUCAGACAAGAACAACCAGCACCGGAGAGAUUCACGGUGAAAAUGGAGCUUUUCAAAACAACAUUCACAACACCAGUGUCGAAGAUCAUCAAGGAUCUUCAGAUAUCAGUACUCCAGAGAACAUCAGUGAGGGGAACACAUCCACACCAACAACUCAGACAAGAACAACCAGCAUUGGAGAGACUCAUAGUGAAAAUGGAGCUUCUCAAAACACCAUUCACAACACCAAUAUAGAUAAAGACAAAGGAUCUUCAGAUAUCAGGACUACAGAGAGUGUCAGUGAGGAGAACACAUCCACACAGAUGACUUGGACAAGAAUAACCAGCACCAGAGUAACUCAUGGUGGAAAUGGAACUUCUCAAAACAACACUCACAAGACCAGUUUAGAAGAUCAUCAAGGAGCUUCAGAUUACAGAACUUCAGAGUGUGUCGUGAUUAUUGUCUCUGUGCUGGUUGGAGUUACUGUUGUGACCAUAUUUGCCGCUCUGCUGCUGUGGAGAUGCUUCUGUAAAAAGAAAACUGCUAAAGCCAAAGAGACAGAUCAUAUCUAUGAAUCCAUAGGAGAUGUUACGCAGGCUGCACCUGAAAAUCACUAUGAAUCUAUUUAUCUCCUGGCAGGCGACCCAGCUAUAGUCAAUCAGGGUAAAAUCAGACACAAUCCAUAUCGACUUUCAUGA